ACAAAACUGUAAUCCUUAAAGACAUACUUAGACAUGCCUAAGGAUCAAAGACACCAUCAUUUAUCUUUGUACAUGAGCCUUUGCUUAUUUAAUGCCAUCCUCUGGGCAUCUCUUGACUACCAUUCUUCACUUCUUCUUCUUCUUCUUCUUCUUCACUCUCACAUUCUCUCAGUUGUCUCCCUUGUGUCCCUCUUUCUUCAGUAUCAUGAGCUCUGUAGCUUUGUUGGCUAUGGCCAUGGCAAUGGCUGCAGCUUUGAACCUUCAGCUGAGCUUUUCCAUGGAGGAAGACAAGAUCACCAAGCUCCCUGGCCAACCUCAAGUCAGCUUCCAACACUACUCAGGCUACAUCUCAGUUGACAAGCAUAAACAAAGGUCUCUCUUUUACUACUUUGCUGAAGCUGAAACAGACCCUACUUCCAAGCCUCUUGUUCUUUGGUUAAAUGGAGGACCGGGAUGUUCAUCUGUUGGAGUUGGUGCAUUCUCUGAGAAUGGACCUUUCAGGCCAAGUGGGGAGGUGUUGGUGAAGAAUGAGUACAGUUGGAACAAAGAAGCAAACAUGUUAUACUUGGAGACUCCAGCUGGUGUUGGCUUCUCUUUUGCCACUGAUUCUUCAUACUAUUCUGGAGUCAGUGAUAAGAUGACAGCAAGGGACAAUCUUGUGUUCCUGCACCGCUGGUUUGCAAAGUUUCCACAGUAUAAGAACAGGGACUUGUACAUCACUGGAGAAAGCUAUGCAGGUCAUUAUGUUCCUCAACUUGCUCAAUUAAUGGUGUUGUAUAAUAUGAAGGAGAAGAUAUUCAAUCUCAAAGGCAUUGCUCUUGGAAAUCCUGUUCUUGAGUUCUCAACUGAUUUCAAUUCAAGAGCUGAAUUCUUUUGGUCUCAUGGGCUGAUUUCUGAUUCAACAUACAACAUGUUCACUUCCAAGUGUAACUACUCUCGGUAUGUGAGUGAGUAUUAUAGAGGUGAUCUUUCGCCUGUUUGUGCGAGAGUGAUGAACCAAGUGACUAGAGAAACCAGUCGAUUUGUCGAUAAAUAUGAUGUUACUCUUGAUGUUUGUAUAUCAUCAGUUCUGUCACAGUCUUUGGUCCUCAGUCCUCAUGGUGUCGAGGAGCGAAUCGAUGUCUGCGUGGAAGAUGAAAUGGUGAAUUAUUUGAACCGAAAAGAUGUGCAGGAGGCUCUCCAUGCUCAGCUCAAUGGUGUGCCGAAAUGGACAGUUUGCAGCAGUGUACUUGAAUAUGAACUUCUCAACUUGGAAAUACCGACAAUAACUGUUGUAGGCUCACUGAUCAAAUCUGGAGUUCCAGUUUUGGUUUACAGUGGGGAUCAAGAUUCUGUAAUUCCUCUCACCGGUAGUCGAACAUUAGUGCAUAAUUUGGCGAAAGAUCUAGGAUUGAAUACAACAGUGCCAUACAGAGUUUGGUUUGAAGGGCAACAGGUUGGCGGAUGGACUCAGGUGUAUGGCAACAUGCUUUCGUUUGCGACGAUAAGAGGCGCAUCACAUGAAGCUCCGUUCUCGCAGCCGGAGCGGUCUCUGGUGCUGUUCAGAGCAUUCCUGCAAGGCAGACCCCUGCCAGAAACAUUUUGAAAAUCAUUCAUGAUCCCCCCCUCUUUUUUAAACAGUAAAAAAUGGGCAUCAUUUUGAUCCGGUUCUUGCGUUGUUGCUAGUUUCAAAGACAAGCUAGUAAUCCCGACUCCUGUGUAACCAUGUUUUCCUUUGUAUUAUAAAUUUUGUUUUUUACGUUGAUCAUCAUCAAUAUAAUCCUUUGA